GAAGGAUGGUGAGAUAAUUUUAGAAGAAGUGUUGUAAAUUUCCUAAAAAAGGCAAAACCUUAAACACCUUCCUCUCCAUUUUUCCCUUCCCAGCCGCCUCACCUCUCUUUCUACCUCAAAAAACCCACAACCACCAGAUUUCCUUUGACCAUAAUAGCCACGAGCUCCACCACCCCACCACCGGAACCUCCAAACAAACCUCACCUCUCGUCGUGCCUCAGCAACACCAACAAACCAGUGAGCCCUGAGCUCGCACAGUGAACGAGUUCCAACAAAACGCUCUGACUUUCUCAUUCCUAUCACAGAAUCUUCUCCAAAGAUGGCUGCAUCUUCUUCUUCUUCUCGGUUGGUUCGUGUAGUUGGUUGUUCAUUGUUCAGUGGCCUCUGCAACAAGGUUGAUGGUUUAAUGAGAUCAACACACGAGAUGAUGUGCAAUCAUUUGUUAUUCCAGCAACAAAGAACUUUCAUACAAAUGAGGACGAGUCUGAAAGUGGUAGACAAUUCAGGUGCAAAGAGGGUGGCAUGCAUCCAAGCACUGAAGGGAAAGAAGGGAGCAAGAUUAGGAGACACAAUAGUUUGCUCAGUGAAGGAAGCUCAGCCAGGUGGGAAGGUGAAGAAAGGAGAAGUGCAUUAUGGUGUUGUUGUUCGUGCUGCCAUGCCAAGGGGCCGCUGUGAUGGGAGCGAAGUAAAGUUUGAUGACAAUGCUGUGGUACUCAUCAACAAGCAUGGUGAACCCAUUGGAACCAGAGUUUUUGGUCCAGUGCCCCAUGAGUUGAGGAAAAAGAAGCAUGUUAAGAUUCUUAGUCUUGCAGAGCAUAUUGCCUAAAGGCUUAGCCUCUUGGUUGUUAGGUACAUCUACUGAUUGUUCGGUCGCACGAGUCUGACUGGAAGACCAUUUUUUGUAUUUGUUGGAACCUGUUGUCGUUCACAAGCUGCAGAGGAUAUUUUUUUUUUAUCAUCAUAAACGUUGACUUGUACAUAUAAAAUUCUCGGCGCACAUGGCAGAGUGCUCAAGUUGGACUUAAAAUAAAUACAUCACUAACACAAUAUUUGGACUCUUUAUUGUCAUUGUUGGAGUGAUGGGCACAUACUUCUCAUUUUUACAAAGAUCUAAAAAAUCAUUCUCUUCUCUUCA